UAGCCACACACCCUGAACGCCAAGCGAUAGACAGAAAUCAGGCCCCCAGCCUACACCGGAUGCAGUUUUGCAUAUGCUGGGCACCUCUGUAGCCCCCAAGUCGUACACAACUCAGUUGGUGCCAGAGCCGACACGCCAAAUCGUGUCUUAACGGCGGCGGUUCGGACCAGUUUCGUUCGCGCUCUCGACAUUGCACCACCGCCCUUCCUGAGAGCCCCUCCCUCAUCCCCUCAAGAAUGAAGUACCUCGCGUCUCUGGCCCUGUACGCUACCCAUGUUUUCGCUGCCAGUCAACUAGCCCUCUUCACGGAUGAGCUCUGCCAACACUCGCUGCGCGGUCUCGAAGGUCCCAAUGGUUAUCCCAAUGGCACGUGUACCGAUCUGCGACGCACUGGGCCAUACGGCAGUUUUCAGGUUGUAGGCCUGGAUCCAGGCUGCACUGUCACCAUAUACCAAAAGGACACCACCGAGAACAUCUGUUCAGGGUACCAAGAAGUGAUUCAGCCCAUCGAAUGCUUCAACUCUUCCUUUGUAUACUACAGUAUCGAUUUUUGUGAUAUCGUCAGCACCCAGUCGCCUACUCCAUCUCUCAUUGCGCCACCUCCGCCAUCUUCGAAUUCCUCGGGCAUAUCCACAGGCGCGGCUGUUGGAGCUACACUUGGUGGGGUCGCCGGACUGGCAAUCAUCGGCGGACUAAUUGCAUUCUUCAUCUUGAGGAAGCGAAGAAAGGCACGGAGAACUCCAGAAAUCGCAGAGUAUUCAGCUUCAAUGCCGUCCGAGGUACACGCGAAACACCUCCAUGAGAUGGGAUCAGGUGCAGUCAUGUACAAAAGAGAUGCGGCGGUGGAGGUUGAGCAGCCAGCAGCUGAGCUUGAGGGCAGAGAAUUGGGGCCUGAUGAGGAGUCGAGAACUUUACGCUCAUGAGAUGCCGAUUAAUGCACGAGUUUGAGUAGACU